GUGAUGAAUGUAUUUGUAUAGGUACUUGAAAGCGUAGACAACGUUGACAACAUUGAUAACAGUGGAACUCUGUAGCGGACCGCGGAAUGUUGUCUUCCACGCUUCUGUUUGUGGUCGCCUACGCGGCGCUGGGAGGUUUCCUCUUCGGGUAUGACCUCGGCCUCAUUGGAGGGGCGCUGCUGCAGAUCCAGCGCUACUUCCACGUGCGGGCAUCCAUAACCCUGGAGCUCAUCGUGGGCGCCGCCAAGCUGGGAGCCGCCGCCGGCACCUUCCUUGGCGGCGCCGCCAUGGCCCGGUACGGCCGGCGGCGGGCGCUGGGUCUCAACGCGGCGGCCUUCACGGUCGGGCCGCUGGUCAUGGCGGCGGCGGCGGCGCCCUGGCAGCUGAUGCUGGGUCGGUUCAUUGUGGGUCUGGGCAUCGGCGUGUCCGCCACCGUCACGCCCGCGUACAUCGCAGAGCUGGCGCCGGCGGGCAUCCGGGGCUCACUGGUGCAGAUGUACGAGGUGAUGCUGUGCAUUGGCAUGCUGUCGGCGCCGCUGGUGGACUGGGCACUCAGCACCACCGGCAGCAGCGGGGCCUGGCGGCUCAUGGUGGGGCUGCCGGCGGUGGCGGGUCUGGCGCUGGCGGCGGCGCCGGUGGUGCUGCCCGAGUCGCCGCGAUGGCUUGUGACCCGCAACCGAUUGGACGAGGCGUUGGAGGUGCUGCAGGUGGUGCUGGCGGGCAAGGCAGCGUCUUCGUCGGGGGGCAUCAGCGGGCUGUCGCUGAGCGGGGCUUUCAGGGCCCUGACAGCGGGCUCGGCGACGGCCACCGGCGUGGGCGGCUACCAGCGCGUGCCGGGCAAGGUGAGUGGCGGGGAAGACCAGCCGUCGGGCGAGCAGGUAACAUCAUGAGUCGUGCACCAAAGACUUGCCCUAUCACAAGUUGAAGCAUGAAAUAGCAAACACGACAAGUCAGCAAGCCAAGAGGAGGAAUGUAAUGGCCGAGACCA